AUGUGCCUUUGGCUCUGGUUACUUUGCUUCCUGCCAGUAUCUGGGACGCUGAAGGUCCUCCCGGAAGUACAGCUGGAUGCCGAGUGGGGUGGAUCCAUUAUCAUCAAGUGCCCACUCCCUCACCCUCAAACAGGUGUGAGGAUGUACCUGUGCCGGGAGAUGACUGACCCCAGGAUAUGUGCCACUGUGGUAUCCAACAGCUUCAUCAGGAAAGAGUAUGAAGGACGAGCCGCCCUCCUGCCAUGGCCGGAUCAAAAGCAUUUCCUAGUGGAGUUGAGGCGGCUGACCGAAAGUGACAAUGGAGUCUAUGCUUGCGGUGUGGGUGGACACACAGACCGGGGCAAGACCCAGAGAAUCACCCUGAAGGUCCAUCCUGAAUAUGAUCCAUUCUGGGAAGAAGAGCCUCCCCCUGAGCUUCCACAGUGGUUUCACAGAUUUCUGCAGGAGCAGAUUCCUAGCCGGCUCCAUGAGGUUGAACAUGUCACUUCUUCUGAAUCCAUAUCCGAAGUGACCACACCAGCUCCCAGGACCAAGGCCCCUCCAGCUCACCAGCCCUCCAGCACCGUUCCAGUCACCCACCAUCCCAGAGUUUCCAGAACAUCUUCCAUGACAGUUGCUAAGUCCCCAGCCCUCCUGCCAGCUCCCACAGCCUCAAAGACCUCAGCUCAGCCUGCACUGCGGCCCCUAGCGGCCAGCUACAGCCACCGCAUCAGUCUCCAGGGGCAAAGAACACCCCACCACAACCCACAGUAUGAGAGAGAAGACCAAGGGCUGCACAUCCCCGUCCUAGAAUUUCACAUCCUGAUUCCGGCCUUCCUGGGCUUUCUUUUGCUGGUUCUUUUGGGACUGAUGGUAAAAAGAGCCGUUCAAAGAAGGAAAGCCUUUUCCAGGCGCGUGGGCCGAGUGGCAAUGAGGAUUCGAGGCCGGGAGGCGUCCCGCCAGUUCCCCACACAGCGUCCGGGUGCCCCGCAGAGACCACGCUCGCAGAACAACGUCUAUAGCGCCUGCCCGCGGCGUGCGCCGAUACCCGACCGAGUGGGCCCAACAGAGACUCCACUCCUCAGUACCCCAGCCUCAGCACCCCCAGCCCCACCGCAGGUACUUGAAGCUCCCUGGCCUCACACCCCACCUCUGAAGACAAGCUGUGAGUACGUGAUGUUGGGCCACCAGCCUGCUGUCAACGUGGAAGACAGUGAUCCAGACGAUUACAUCAACAUUCCUGGCCCAUGUCAUCUCCCCAGCUGUCCCCCAAGGCCCAGAUCUUCGUGCCAAUGAGUCCUGCCUGUCUGCUGAUAUCCAGCACCUUUUCGAUUUGUUUAUAGAAACCAUGUUACCUCCCAUGUCCCACACCC